UAAUUAAUAAUAUUAUAAUUUAUAUCACGUAAACGCAAAAGUCCGUAGAAGUUGUACUGUGACAAAACUGUGAACGCAGCAUUUACCGACCGCAGCCAUGUACGCUUUGCAGACAGUCGGCAGCACGACCAGCUCCGUCAAAGAUGACACGGAGGUGUUGGAUUUGGACGACGUCGGCAACUCCAUAGUCGAGCAAAUCAUCACCAACAGCAACGCAGUCAAACGUUCGGGGAACCCAACGGCAAAUGGCUAUCAAUCUUCUCAAACUCACCCAGCGAUACAUAAUUAUGAACGAAACGUCGAAAAAGACGGCACUGGCUUAUGUUUUUGGACGAUAUUUCAAGCCGUUGGACUUACGUGCGUUGCCACGAUUGUUUGUCGAUCAGUCGUAUAUCAACAAGGAUAUUUCGACGUUUCUCCCCGCAGUAAUUCAACGUCGAUUACUAAAAAUCAAUUUUCCAAUUGGCAUUACUCGCUUACCACAGUUGGAUUCAUAUACCUCUAUGCCAACUCGAUUUUCAUGAUAAAAUCCCACAAAUCAAAAGUGUCGCUACCGUACGUCAUGUUGCACACGUUCGCGUACCUCGUGUCAGCGUUGGGGCUGUGCGCCAUGUACGUGCACAAGGAGACGGGCAAGCCCAUGGGUAGCGCCUUCUACGAGGGCCAUUUAUACUCCGUACACUCUUGGACCGGCGUGUUGGCGGCCGCCAUGUUCACAGUCCAAUGGCUGACUGCCGCCGCCACGUUCAUGAUGCCAUGUCUGCACAGCAUAGGGUUACCGCUGGGCAAGAUGUUCAGCCUGUACACCACCAUCGUAUCGACCAUCUGCCUCGUUGCCGGAGUCAACCAUCACGCCAUGAAGACGUUAGCAAAAGAUUACAGAACAUAUUCAAUUGAGUCUUUAAUUUUGAACGGUUUUGGAAUACUCGUAAUAGUUUUUUUAUUUUUAAUUACUUACAUGGUUAUAAAACCAAAUAGAAAUUAAAUGUUUUAAUUUAUUUUGGACUUGACGUACUUAUGUAUAACAUACAUAUCUAAUUGUUAAUUUAUAUGUUUUAUUUUAUUCAUUAACAAUGUUAAAAUGUAUUCAUAUAAAUAAUACAUUGUAGUUACGAUUAUAUUAUAUACUUUUAUGCAUAAGAAGUUACUUUUUAUGCAUCUUUAUUAAAUUAUAUAUGAUUAUAA